GUCUGCGCGGAGAAGUCGCGGGCCGCAGCCGGGAGCGCACUCGCAGCUCCUGCGAAGUGUGUCCGCCUCGCGGUUCCACGCUCGCCUGCGCUCCUAGAAGGGGCGGCCGCCUCCAGGUGACACAGACGGGACUCUCGCUUGUGCUUUCCAGAUGCAUCAGAGAUACUUUUGGACUGACCAAGGCCAAGUGGCGUUCGGCGGGCACUACAUGGCCGAGGGUGAAGGGUACUUUGCCAUGGCGGAAGACGAGCUGACCGGCGGCCCCUACAUCCCCCUGAGUGGUGACUUCGGCGGCGGCGGCAGCUUUGGCGACCGCUGCUUGGACUAUUGCGAAAGCCCCACGGCGCACUGCAAUGUGCUGAAUUGGGAGCAAGUGCAGCGGCUGGACGGCAUCCUGAGCGAGACCAUCCCGAUCCACGGGCGCGGCAACUUCCCCACGCUCGAGCUGCAGCCGAGUCUGAUUGUAAAGGUGGUGCGGAGGCGCCUGGAGGAAAAGAGCAUAGGUGUCCGCGACGUGCGCCUCAACGGCUCGGCCGCCAGUCAUGUCCUACACCAGGACAGUGGCCUGGGCUACAAGGACCUGGACCUCAUCUUCUGCGCUGACCUGCGUGGGGAAGAGGAGUUUCAGACUGUGAAGGACGUCGUGCUGGAUUGCCUGUUGGACUUCUUGCCCGAAGGGGUGAACAAGGAGAAGAUCACACCGCUCACCCUCAAGGAAGCUUAUGUGCAGAAAAUGGUUAAAGUGUGCAAUGAUUCUGACCGGUGGAGUCUCAUAUCCCUGUCAAACAACAGCGGCAAAAACGUGGAGCUCAAGUUUGUGGACUCCCUCCGGAGGCAGUUUGAAUUCAGUGUAGAUUCCUUUCAAAUCAAAUUAGACUCUCUCCUCCUCUUCUACGAGUGUUCCGAGAACCCAAUGACAGAAACAUUUCACCCCACAAUAAUCGGUGAGAGCGUCUACGGGGAUUUCCACGAAGCUUUUGAGCACCUUUGCAACAAGAUCAUUGCAACCAGGAACCCAGAGGAAAUAAGAGGGGGAGGCCUGCUUAAGUACUGCAACCUGUUAGUGAGGGGCUUUAGGCCCGCUUCCGAUGAGAUCAAGACCCUCCAGAGGUACAUGUGUUCCAGGUUUUUUAUCGACUUCUCAGACAUUGGGGAGCAGCAGAGAAAGCUGGAAUCCUACCUGCAGAACCACUUCGUAGGCUUGGAAGACCGCAAGUAUGACUAUCUCAUGACCCUUCAUGGAGUGGUAAAUGAGAGUACGGUGUGCCUGAUGGGACAUGAAAGGAGGCAGACUUUAAACCUUAUCACCAUGCUGGCAAUCCGGGUGCUAGCUGACCAAAACGUCAUCCCUAAUGUGGCUAAUGUCACUUGCUAUUACCAGCCGGCCCCCUAUGUUGCGGAUGCUAACUUUAGCAAUUACUACAUUGCCCAGGUUCAGCCAGUGUUCACAUGCCAGCAGCAGACAUACUCCACUUGGUUACCCUGCAAUUAAGAAUCAUUUAAAAAUGUCCUGUGGGGGAAGCCAUUGCAGACAAGAUAGGAAAAAA